AUGGAUAUCGUUUACCAUAAUGGCACCAAUGGCUCAAGUCCCUGGGUCGAGUUCUACCCAUACACACCUUCUGCAACAGCCGGAUAUGCCUUUAUGGCAGUCUUCGGCAUCGCGACAGUCAUUCAUCUCGUCUUGAUGUGUCCGUUUCGCGCUGCAUACUUCAUACCCUUUGUAUUAGGGGGAGUCUGCGAAACAUUUGGUUACUAUGGCAGAGCAUGGUCCCAUCAAUCCCGAACCGAGAUCAAAUCUUGGGCACUUCAAGAAAUGCUCAUUCUAUGUGCACCCCCGCUCCUCGCGGCAACCGUUUACAUGGUCCUCGGUCGCAUGAUACGCGCCUUCGACGCCGAGCAUUUGUCAAGCAUGCGUCCGAAAUGGCUCACAUUCGUCUUCGUCAUGAACGACGUGAUAUGUUUCUGUACACAACUGGGUGGUGCAGGUGUCCAAGUCACCGGAGACCCCAAGGUCAUGGAUAUUGGCAAAAAGGUCGUCCUUGCUGGAUUGAUCUUUUCAUUAUUCGUCUUUGCCCUUUUCGUGGCUAUCGCUGUGACUUUUCAUCGACGACUUCAGAAAAUGCCCACGCCUAUUCUCACAAUGAACCCCGACCUUUUGUGGCGACGGUAUAUGUGGACGCUUUAUGUUGCUUGUGCGGCUCUGAUGGUCCGUAAUCUUGUUCGAACGAUUCAAUUCGGCGCCAAGAGAACGGCUGAUAUCAACACGAAAGAGGCGUAUAUCUACGUCUUUGAUGCUUUUCUCAUGUUUCUAACCAUGCUUGUCUUGAUCAUCUUCCAUCCCGGACUGCUGAUUAAGAAGGCCCGCCGGGCGCGGAAAGUUGUCGACUUCAGUCAGCCCUUAGCAGGUGAUAGGAAUUCGGGGCAGGUUCCUUUGAUGGAGUAUGAGCCUAGGCCUAUGGCUUAG